GGGGAGACUGACCAAUGGCUCUGGGAUGGGGAAUGACUGACGGACCGACUGGCCCAUGAGGAGCGAGGGCGCGCUAGUUCGGUUCGAAAGGUAGUAGUGCGGGAGUCGGGAAGGAGAGCAGCGGUUGGGAAAUGGAUCGAAACGAGAUUUACUACUCGGAUCGGUACAAUGACGGCGAGUACGAAUACCGUCACGUCAUGCUGCCCAAAAAGAUCGCAAAGCUCGUGCCCAAGACUCACCUCAUGUCAGAAACCGAAUGGAGGAACCUGGGGGUACAGCAGAGCCCGGGCUGGAUUCACUACAUGAUUCAUGAGCCAGAGCCUCACAUCCUGCUGUUCAGGAGACCAUUGCCGAAGAAAGAGCUGGAAGGGUUGUGAUGUCCCGGACGUUCCGCUGUGCCCCCACCUUUCCCUUCCCCCCCCACCCCUCCAACCUCCACCCUGGACCACCCAGAGCACUCUGACAAAGCCGCUCUGCACAACAGCCCACCCUUCACCUCUGCUUCUAAUGGCUCGGGCUCACUUGCGGGCUGAGACUGGCGGAGUGUUUCUGGGGUGGGGGCGGGGACACCAGGAAGACGGACGCUGCUUGAUCUCUCGAACUGCUCUUUGCAUUUCUUGUCGUGGGAUUCCUUCUCGCGAUCGAAGACCGUUGGCAAGACAGCCAGGCCUAACCUGCUUCUUCGACGCUAUGGAGCGCGGUUGGCAUGGAUUCUCCUUUCAUCCCCCCAAAACAAGGCUUGAGCCAAGGUGGGAGCGUUUCCCGAAGGGCGGCUCGCUUCAGAAUUGGUAUCAACCAGCCGGAGGAGGGAGCGGGUUCGGAAGACGUGUCAGGGAGGAAUUUGCACAGCGCCAGGGCCUGGGGUGUGCUAGAGCAGCGGUGGCCUUGUGAUAGGCUGUCAAUAGAGGGGCCGAGCUGCUUCCACCUUCAGCCGCGCCCUGCCCCGACCUGACUUUUAACCUUGUGAUACUCUGCACGCCAUGUCAGCCUGAUCUCCCUCUGCUGUCUGUCCAUGCGAAUCGCCAAAAUUCCUGCUCAAUGUUGGGCAGCGGGGAGACCAAUCAGGACUCGACUCCACUUACAUGUGACCAUUCGGUCUCUCAAGCCUUGACCUGCCCUUUAAUCCCCAGUUGGCUCUGGAAUCUUUAGUUUUCCUAACAGUGUCCUCCCCUCCUUGAGGUUGGUGGGUUGGGAAUCUGCUGUGAUGCAAGAUCUGAAUUGUAGAAACCCCUACAGCAGGCCAUUCAGCCCAUCAAGUACAUGCCAACCCUCUGAAGACCAUCCCCAUCCCCAUCCCCAUCCCUGUAAUGCUGCAUUUCCCAUCAAUGACCCAACUAGCUUGUCCAUCCCCAGGCACUACGGGACAAUUUAGCACGGCCAAUCCACCCUAACCCGCACAUCCCUGGGCACUACGGAUCAAUUUAGCACGGCCAAUCCGCCCUAACCUGCACAACCCUGGGCACUACGGGGCAGUUUAGCACGGGCAAUCCGCCCUAACCUGCCCAGUUUUGGACUGUGGGAGGAAACCAGACCACCUAAAGGAAACCCCCACAGACACAGGUUGGUGGUGGGGAGCAGGAAUGCAAACGUUCAAACUCUAUACAGACCCCGAGGCUGGAAUUGAACUCGGGUCCCUGGCGCUAUAAGGCAGCAGCGUUAACCACUGAGCCACCAUAUUUAGUAGUUUUAGUUGAGAGAGAAUCUGUCUGCCACUUUACUUCAAAGAUCUGCCGUCUCCAUUCAAUCUUGCCAGUCAACUGCACAAUUGGUUCUCAAAGCCAAUGUGUCUGUCUUUUUUCCCUUCUGUAUGUGUGGAGAGGGGGAAGGGGAAGGGGGGGACAGUAAUUACUGACUGCUGUAAAAUGCACCUGGACUUUAAUUUGACCUUAUUGCUGCUGCUCAUUUUUGUGAGACACUCUCUGUACCUGUAGGAGCAGAAAGUAGGCCAUUUGGCCCAUCGAGUCUGCUCUGCCAUUCAAUGAGAUCAACUUCGCUUUCCUGCCUGUUCCACCCACGACCCCUCGAUUUCCCCUUCCAGGUGGAAUCCUUGACCACGUCAUGUGGCUGUAGGUCUCACUGUGGCCCCCCCACAAGUGUGGCCCAACUUUUUAUUGAACCCUGUCAGGGUUAAGACCACACCCUGCUCCUGGGGCAACCCCCAGUCAAUUCACUGACAGGACUCCAUAGAUCCUGGGCCCUGGAAUGUAGUGUACCCCUACACCUACAGCUCAUGCAUUGUAAUCUCCUGUUUUCAUAGCUUUUGGUACAUGUUUAUUGUGAUCUGUCUUUGUAUUUUUAAUAAAUCUUUAAUGACCA